UGUCCAUCUGCAGUUCUUCUCGUCCUUGUGACGAUUCUCAUCGUAUUAGCUUUAAGAUAUAUUUCAUUCUCAAGAAAUCUUUAAGAUGACAGAUGCAGUUUGGAAGGCCGUCCAUAUGGAAAUCAUUGUGCAUAUCAUUGGGAACGCUAUAGCUAAAAUGAUACUACUGCUUGGCAAGUUCAUAGAGAAGAUGGAUGCAAGUUUGAAGGCCAUGGAUGUGGUGAUGCAAAUCAUUUUUAAUAUCAGUGGGAAGGCUAUAACUGAAAUGAUACCACAGCUUGGCAAGUUCACAGAGAAGAUUUUGGACGCAAGUUUAAAGGCCAUGGCUAUGGUGAUGCAAAUCAUUAUGACUAUCGUUACGAAGACUACAGCUGAUAUGUAUCGACUGCUUGGCAAGUUCAGUGAGAAGGUGGAGGGCAUAGCAUUUGAAAGGGCUGCAAAUCUAUCAGUGGACGCAGGGACGAGUUACUUGGGCUUGGGAUCUGAUAUGCAAUUGCUGUCCAGGAAUCUGAACGCACUGAGGAGCAGAGCAUCUGACAUAAAUGAGGCUGUGGAGAGAGCCGAGUUGUCCGGACGACAGAAGGGGAAAACUGAGGUCAAACAUUGGCUGGAGGAAGUAGAAACAUUAUUAGAUAAUGAUUUCAUUGCAUUACAGAGAAGGGAACAACAGGGGGGGAUUUUGAACCGUUUGUUGAUUGGAGGCCAUGCCAGAAAGAUGAAAAAUCAGGCGGAUGAAUUAACUGAUCAAAGCCGGCAUUUUAAUGGACUUCUGCUUGAAAAAACAGGAGAAUGAAAGCCCGGAAAAUCAGGAGAAGUUGGAGAAACUUCUAUUGAUGAUAAAAUUAAUGGGACUGUUAUUUGGAUGAACAUCCAAGUAGGGUUAGAUCUCCUUCAAGAGAUAUGCAGAUUUUUUUUUUUUUUUGGUUA